GCAGGCCAUUCACUAGGUCCCCCCGGGUCGGUCUGUAGAAGCCAAUUUGAACAACAAAGUUUGGUCAAAUCUGGAACUCCAAUAAAUAACAAAGAUCCGACUCCCAACCCUGGUUCGAGUUCUGCUUCAUCCCUUGGCCAUCUGAACGACAACCAGCAGCAGGAAGAGCCUGGGGUUUUAAAAGACAGAGGAGAGGAAGAGAAAGAAGAAGCUUUCCUUUCAUUUCACAAAUGGAAUUUGUCAUUUUUUAGUGAUCCUAAGAAUUUAGAAAACAGCCUGAAUGAACUGAGAACAGAUCUUUCACUUCCUUUGGUGAAACAGUUAUUUUUAAAUAGUUUUAGGUCAAUAUUUUAUAGGUGUUUAACAAGGAUUUACAAGCCACGGAUGAUAAAAUUUCUACUAAAGAAAUUAUUUGGGAUACAUAUAGAAAUAAAUAUUAGUCCUGGUAUUUCUAUUUUUUUUUAUCAAAAAAAGAAACCAUUAUUUAUCCAUUAUUCAAAAGCUGGAGAAGAAAAUAGAGUGAACCAAUAUGUAGUUUAUUUGAUCUUCAUGAAGAAUGGUAAGGUCAAAAUUUCUAAAGAAUUUCGACCUCGUUAUGGUCCUCCCAUGUUCCAUAGUGAAGAAUUGAUGCUUCCUGAACUGGCUCUAUUUCUAUCACAAUCUGGAAACGAGGUACAAGGAAUUUUUAUUUAUUCUUAUUAUAGUCCGUGUUUAAUAAGGCCUGUGAAAACAAAAGUAAAUACCCCACGUAUCUCAUGUAUGUUACAGCUUUUCUGCCAAGCUACUGAAUGGUACAAGGAGUAUAACAUUUUCACUUAUGUGGCAUAUACAGAGAUUUAUCGGAUAAAAUACGAAAAUUAUUUUAAAGAUUUAACCUUUGACAAAAUUUCAUGUUCCAACAAUGUUUAUCAUUAUUGCUUUGAAAAAUGUAUGAAUACUCCUUUUGAAGUGAAACAUAUGUGGAAAAAUAGAGAUUUGUCUCAAUAUUUGCGGAAAAAGAUAAAUUCAAUACUCUCUGAGAUAUUGAAGCCUUUUGAAAAUAUUGAUAAAAAGAUACUUCAUGAUUUUAUCAUAACUACCCACAAAUUUUUUAUGGAGAGAGCAGAAAAGUCUGAUCUGUAUAAAAAUCUCCUGGUCAAUGAAAGGGAAACACUUUCUUUUGAAUUUCCACUUGAAGUACAGGAUAGAAUUCAUGAGGAAUUGGCAAAGGAGUGGAAUAAAAUGGUGAAAGACAGCUUUAUGUCUAUAGUCACAAAGUACAUUAUAGUAGAAUUAAGCAAGGCGAGCAUUAUUGCUUUUGAAAAAAAAUUAGACUCAAUUCUAGAAAGCAGAAGCUUCUUCCGCCUUCACCACAUUCCUCACAGUUUUUCCUGUUACUAAAAUUCCUUAAUUGAAUAUCAGAUUUAAAAAAAAACUAAAACAUGUACACCAGUUUUUGCAUUUUCGAGAAUACUCAGUGCCAUUUGGAUGUAUUUGGAGCAAUAAUAUGUGAUGCAUUAUAUGAUGAUGAUGAUGAUAUGUGAUGCAAUUUCACAGCUAUCUAGUUAUUGUUUUGCUGUCAUCCUUUUUAGCUGCUUGUAU